AUUCAUGGCAUUCAGCCAUUCAGUGGAUCUGGCACAUGUUGCAGCAACAACCCUUGUUUCACCAACUUCAGGAUAUCAUGGACUGAUGCCGACCAUCCUGAAAUCUAAUCCUGACUGUCACUUGAGAUCCAAUCUUGAAAUGUAUCCAAACGCUUCUUCACAAAUGCAAGUACUGCUGUUAGCUCAUAACACUUGGCUUGUUUACCGUCACUGUCAUCCACAUUGUAAAUGGAUGUCUUGGUCCUCGAUGAUAACAAAUCUGUUACCUAAAUACAGUUUAAAAGCCUUGAGCAAAUUAUCCUGAUGAUCAAUAGUAAGCCUGUACACAACCUUUGUUUGUUCUUGCCCCUUUGAGGAGUUGAGACCAUUAAGAUUUUGCGCCAUAAAACUGUCAGAAUUAGGUUACCAUUGAAAAGGAAAACAAGCUGUACACAUUCUUUUGGGCAAUUAAAAGGCAUACAAUCCAAAACAAUGAAUAGCUAACUACUUUGUGGGAUGGAUCCCACAAUGUAUUAACAUGGGAAUAUAGACUUUGCAACAAAAUUAUAGGUUUCCCUUCGGUCUCUGUUUAAAGAAUCAUAGUUAGAGAGUUUGUUCCGCUACCGGGGAAUUCAUAAGACCUUAGGCAUCUGCCAAUCUGUAAUUCUAUUUGGGGAGCUGUGAAGUGAAGGUUUAGCUUUGUCCGGGAAAGUAGUGGCCAAGCAUUUGUUGUCUUGGGUAACAAAAUUUGCCCCAUGGUGCUUCAGCGUUGGUAAUGUUAGAUCUUGCUGUAUCUACUUACCUAACUUAAGUAAGUGCUCAGCCAAUCAGGGACAACAGGUAUGCACCAGUGCCAAUAAAUAGAUUUAAAGCAGUGUCUGUUCCAGUGAGAGGACAGAAUCUCAUAACUUAAGAUGUGCUAGAAAUUUGUCAAACAUACUCCCUUCGUAUGAAAUGGAAUGGUGCCUGAAGAUUGUUAGUUCUUGAUCAUGGUUCGAAAUGCAAGCAUCAAUUGCAGAAUUAUGUCAUACCUGAAUGGCAGGACAGUGAAGAACAAAACUAUUAUUGUUGGCCUCAAAUCUGAUAACAGCAGUCGAGAAAUGCUACUCCAGUUACUCAGAACGUUUGCCAAGUCAGGGGAUAAUGUGUUGGCAGUGCAUGUCCAAGAAAGAGAUGAUGCUUUUGAUCCGAACAAUUUUCACAUCCAUGAAGAUCUUUGUAAAUCCAAGCGGGUUGAUUUCCUUGUUAAAAUUUGCACUGGAAACUUCUAUAUCUCUGCAUUAUCUCAUCAAGUUCGAGAAAAUUAUGCAACAAUCCUUGCAAUUGGAUGCAACCCUUCAGGGCCAAAGGGUUCAGCUGUAAGCAAUUGUCUGAAAAGUUUACCUCCCACCUGCACCCUCCUGGUGAUGGAUGAUGCAGGUAGAAUCCUAGUCCGGAGGCAGGGAACUUCCCAACAAGGUUCUGCAGGUGUAACUCUUCAAUCUUAUUUAUCAUCUUCCCAGACAAACUCUAUGGUUGAUCAAUCCACAACCUCCCGUCUGUUACAUAAGUCCUUGACAGUACCAUCAUCCUCAACAUCCCAAUCAAUGUGUCAAAUUAACAGUGAAGGACAGUACAUUCUCCAGAAGACGGUGCAGGAUCAAUUUAAAAAGUCAUUUACUAUGCCAUCUUCUUCUGCAUCAUCAUCGAAAUGGCAAAUGGAUAGUGGAGGGCAGCUGAGUCUGAAUAAAAAUGUGAAUGCAAGGAGGAGGUUUCACAGAAUCGCGUUCCCAGAAGCAGAGAGAUCCUGCAGGUGUUUCAGAUCAGAAGAGCUCAGUGUCGCCACAGAUAAUUUCAGCCCCAGCAUGGUGAUUGGAAAAGGGGGAAAUAGUAUGGUGUAUCGCGCUCAGCUUGAGGAUGGUAAAGCUGCAGCUGUGAAAGUCCUCAAAACCACACAUUGGUCAGCAAAGGAUCUUCUCCGAGAAGUUGAGAUGUUGUCCAGCGUAAAACAUGAGAACAUAGUUGAGAUAAUCGGGUACUGUGAUAGCAUAGAAUUGCAUGCAAUUGUUUAUAAUCUUCUAAAGGGAAGCUUGAAAGAAUGUUUAAAACAACUCAAGUGGGCUGAGAGGAUGGGUGUUGCAAUCAGUGUAGCUAAGGCUCUGGAGUACCUUCAUCAUUUUUGUGACCCACCCAUCAUUCACAGAAGUGUGAAGCCAUCUAACAUACUUCUUUCUGAUAAUUGCCAACCGCAACUCUCAGACUUUGGAGCAGCAAUAGUGCAUCAUCAAUCUUAUCAAGUUCCAGCAAACACAAAGCCAAUUGACAUUGUUAAGACUUUUGGAUACUUGGCACCAGAGUACAUAGUGUGUGGAAAGAUUGACGAAAAGAUAGACGUUUAUUCCUAUGGGGUUGUGCUCCUGGAACUUAUCACAGGGAAAGAUGCUAUUCAAAGAAACCAGAAAAAUCAUGAAAGCUUAGUACUUUGGGCAAGAUCUUUACUCCGCUUUGGCCAAUGUGAGCGUCUAGUUGAUCCUUCCUUGAGCAGAAAUUACAAGAAAGAAGAGAUGGAAGUAAUGAUGUUUAUAGCACGCCUCUGUCUUAUGCAUUCAUCUUCUCAAAGGCCAACAAUGAAAAUGAUAUUAAGGUUAUUCGAGGACUCAGAGUACUGGCUAGAGAUGCAAAGGGAGAAAGAUCAAGUCCUAAAUGGGUUUGGUUCUGCAGCUGAAACAGAUUUGUGGAGACUAUAUGAGUUGUCAAGUGUUGGAACUCUGGCAUUGUAUGAUACCUAGAUUAAUUGUUAAAAUUGUUGGACUUUCUUUCAGAACAGAAGUGGAUCUGCUCAUGUAGAAUUGAAGAAUGUCCAACCAGAUUUGAUCUCUUCUCCCUCAUUCAGCAUGUAAAUAUAUCACAUAUAGGUCAGAAUGAGCUAUUUCCAUAGUUAUGCUAAUGCCUAUUGCGUCAUAUGUGUAAUAAUACAUGAUUCUUUCGUAAUCUGUUUCUUUAGUUUAUUGUCCAAUUAUGAUUCUUAUUAAUCUUUCCACAUAGUUUCUC